AUGAAUGUUACUCGCACACACCCAGUAUUUUUGUUGAGCUGCACUCUGGCUAUCGUCGGAUGGUUGAUUACAUUGGCAGGUCUGUGUGCAUCAAGAGGUGUCAUUCAAACAAUCUAUUGGUGUACUGUGGUUUUCGAGUUCGGGCUAUUGGCAUUUGUGUGUGCUGUUGUAUUUACGAAUAGCUUACCAAUAUAUUAUCCAACCAUUCUUUCAUUAAUUGUUCUCAGUGUGCCUUAUGGAAUUGAUGAAAUACAAUACCACCUUAUGAUUGGUCAGCCUGCGUUGUCUGCAUCUGCCUCGGGAUUUAUUGUAUUGAUGACAGCAAAGUUUUCUUGGCUAUUUCUGUUUGGUAUUCAACCAAAUUUAAACGAAUACUACUCCUUCAAAGAUUAUCAGAGCUGCACAAGUUCUAACAACCAGUCUUAUGACACAGUUGUUGUGCCUAAUCCUGUUGUGGAGGUCCAUAAGAAGAAACCUCAUUACAACCUUCCUGUGCCUGUCCAGGCAUCUUAUCCACGCACAAUGUAUUCUCACGAGGGACAAGGAAUAGUUCCGAUCUAUCACUCCAAUCCUGAUGUAUGCCAUUUGAUGGAAAAUGGUCGACAUGUUGCUGAUCCCAGAGAUCCUGAUGAGCUAUCUUUUGAAAAAGGAGAAAAGCUUAAUAUACAUGAACAAGAAGGAAAUUGGUGGAAGGCUCAAAAGGCUGACGGAAGUCUUGGGAUGGUACCAAGUAAUUAUAAUCAAAAUCAAAAUCAAAAACUUAUCCAAGAGUUGAAAUUGAUUGUUGUAUUGAUUUAUAGUACAAUCUUGUAA